AUGUUUAGUGUAGAAGAAGAAGAAAAAGCAAAAAAAAAACCAUUUAACGAAAGUGGUGUAAUCCGAGGCAUAAAGCACAACAAAGCACUCCUGAGAUAUUUUUAUGGCACAAGUGAAUCUACUUCAUCUGGAAAAGAACAAAGUUUCUGUUACAAUAUGCGACAUUGGGAUAAAGAACAAAGCAAUUUCUAUGCACAACCAACCCUCAACAUACGCUCGUGA